UGGUGUUUGAUUGACAGGUUUUUGGAGCGAGAUGUCGGUCAGGCGGAGGCGAUUGUUGCGUCAGAGCUGGGAAUGACGCAGGGUCCCUUCCAGUGACGUUGCCAGGGAGUCACGAGAGCGGCGAGCUCGAGCUGCGGAGCGGGAGGUCGGUCGGGCGGGUUCAGGGAAAGUCCGCUGUGCCCUGGCGGCGAGGGCGUGUUUCUGUGUGGGGAAGAUGGCGAUCGUCAGGCGGCAUUUCGACGGCCGGAUCCACCUGAAUCGGAGACUUUGAGUGACCAGAGUUUGAUAAGCACGCGGUGUGGAGGGAGGAGAGCAAGUCGGGUCGGGUGUUGGUGCGAGUGAGUGAUCGAGCCGGCGAGGUCUCUUCGUGUCGUCCCCGGAAUAAGUCACAGUAGGCUGGAAGGUCGCUGACUGAGGUCCCGGGCUGCGGGGAUGUUCUCGGUUUUGUCCUAUGGAAGACUGGUGGCCAGGGCGGUGUUGGGGGGACUUUCCCAGACGGACUCUCGGGAUUAUAGUCUGGUUACGGCCAGUUGCGGCUUUGGGAAGGACUUCAGGAAAGGGAUUUUAAAGAAAGGAAUGUGCUACGGAGACGACGCAUGUUUCAUAGCCAAGCACAGGAGUGCCGAUGUUUUGGGGGUGGCAGAUGGGGUUGGAGGUUGGAGAGAUUAUGGAGUAGAUCCUUCCCAAUUCUCGGGGACCCUGAUGCGAACUUGUGAGCGCCUGGUACGGGAAGGACGCUUCGUACCAACCAAUCCUGUAGGAAUCCUUACUGCAAGCUAUUGUGAAUUAUUACAGAACAAAGUACCCUUGCUAGGGAGUAGUACUGCUUGUUUAGUUGUUCUGGACCGAAGUAGCCAUCGGUUGCACACAGCGAACCUAGGAGACUCUGGCUUUUUGGUGGUCCGAGGUGGUGAAGUGGUGCAUCGGUCAGAUGAGCAACAGCAUUAUUUUAACACCCCUUUCCAAUUGUCAAUACCACCACCUGAAGCAGAAGGUGUAGUUCUGAGUGACAGCCCUGAUGUUGCUGACAGCACUUCCAUUGAUGUCCAAAUAGGAGAUAUCAUCUUGACAGCAACAGAUGGUUUAUUUGAUAACAUGCCUGACUACAUGAUUUUGCAAGAGCUAAAGAAACUGAAGAAAACAAAUUAUGAGAGUAUUCAACAAACAGCAAGGAGCAUUGCAGAACAGGCUCAUGAACUAGCUUACGAUCCAAACUAUAUGUCACCAUUUGCACAGUUUGCUUGUGAUAAUGGACUGAAUGUACGAGGAGGUAAACCAGAUGACAUCACUGUUCUACUGUCGAUAGUAGCAGAAUAUACAGACUAACUACUUCAAAGGCAUGGACACUUUUUACCUAAAUAUCCAAUUCCACAGUAUCCUGCUGGCAGGACAUUGUUUCCCUCUACUAUAACUUCUCAAAAGGCUAGUCAUUCAGCACAAUUUCUCCUCUGUUCAAGCAUAAGCUUGGUACUUUUUUUAAAGUUUUAAUGCCAGCAAGAUAUUUAAAAUUAUACAGGGGAAAGAUUGCACAAACCUCUUCCAACCAUACUUCAGUAGGGCAGUAGUUCAGAAGGGAUGUUAGCCUAUUACUUGACACUGGUCUGUAAGAGUAUUGUGGUUGAAUAAAUUGCCUGUCAUUUGAUUAGGUGGCAGAUGUACAAAUAGGCAUUAAAAUACAGACGACCCCUGCAUUGCAGUUGUUUGGGUAAUGAAAAUUCACCCUUACAGAAUUAGUAAAUCACAACCAUAAAAUUUGAGAUAUGGAAUAAAAUUUGCACUCAGAAUUUGUGGGGAAUAAAAGUGAAUAAUUUUUAUUAACUCGUGUUUCUUGGCGUGGCUUCGCAUUACAAAAAAUCAUGAAACGUACAGUUUUCUAAAGCAUUGUAAUGCGGGGGUUGCCUGUAUUCAACUUUCAGAAUUACUUUCUGAUGAAAAGUUUAAAAUUUUGAGAAUCAUUGCUAAUGGCACAUGACAUAAUAUAAAAACCCUUUCCUUUUACCCAGCUACUGAACAACUUGGAUGUUUAACUUCAUUAAUUGCCUCAAAUAGUUGAGAUUAAUUUUGCUAAUGGCUGGAUGAUGCAGAGAACUGUUUGGGUGGAUUAGCAUAGCUGUUAUGAAUGGUUUUGUGUAUAGAACAAUUGGCUAUAAAAUGUUAUAGCAUGCAGCCCAUGGAGUAAUUAAAGCCAUGAAGCCAUGUCUAACUCUACAUAGUAAAUCGGGUACUAUUUUGAGAACAGUGUGUUUAGGGUAAUUUGUUUUACUAUUUUCCUAUAUGGUGGUUACUGUUUCAUUAUGUAUGCUGUACAUAGUAUGACUUAAUUUAUUUACAUGUACCAUGUACAUGUCAAUUUCCUAUUUAAACAUGCUUGUAACAGGCAUUUGUUUUUUUUUUGUUGAUCACAUAAACUAGAAUACUUUGUACUCUUUCCCUGGUUUUGCACAUUGCUUGCAUUUAUGUAUGGAGGUUGGAUCUGAAUACCUUGUUUUGGUUGUUUGAAUGUUUUGGAACAGAAUUACUACUUUAAAAAAAAAUUCAGUAUUUUGGUGAAUGACAGAUGCUUAAAGCUUUUUGUCUGCUUAUGGUUAUAUUAUUACUACAUAAAUUAUUCAGGAAACAUUUUUAUUAAAAAUUGCUAAUUUCAGGAAGAAUGUGGUUUGCUACUAAUUUUUCUGCCAGCAAUUUGUUCUAUGAUAUUGAAGUACGGAAAACAUUUGUCCAGACUGGAAAAUUAAACAUUUCUAGAGGCAGAGAUACCUUUGCAACUCGCAUUAAAAAUUUGGGGGAAAGCAUUGAGCUAUAGUCUUCAAAAACAAAUUGUCCCUUUUUUUAAAUUUGGUUUUGUAGUUUAUUAAAUAUCCUCAAUUUUCAUUUGAGCCAGAAUGGAGCUCCAAAACAAUUCAGUGAUGGUCUUCCUUUUAUUUCUAAUUUCAAUUUUUUUCUGUGGAGUUACUUGAUCUGGCUGCGUGCACUGAAUUUUGUUUUGAACUUUCCUAAUUGCUUAAUACAAGCUUUGUGUAGAUUUCCCAACAAUGCAAAAAAAACAAGGUAGCAACAGUCCCUGUUAUUUGAGUUAUUUAUGCUUCUUUGUAGAUUAUGCACAUUUUCCAUUUUCUUGGUGGAAAAUUAAUGUGGUAUUGACAACAUGAGGCCUUACAUUUUACCAAAAAAAAAAAUUUGGGUUUGAAGGAGGUGGUGGCUUUAUUGUCAAAAUGAGCUUUAUUUCCAAUUUUAUUUAAAUGGGUAUUUUUGUAUGAAGUGAUCCAAGUAUAAAAACUUAGUGUGAAGAUCAAAAAAAAGUUUGCCACACUUAAAUGCUGAAUAAUUGCAAAAUAAAAUUAUAAAUUGUAUUAUUCCCAGUGAGAAAAUGCACUUUCUUAUGGUCCCAAGUACACACCAAAGGCCAGAUGCAUUUUCUUCCCCACACAAAGUCCACUUUUUAAGCAAUACUGUACUGAAACAUUAUAAAAUACCUGCUUUGUGCUAGUGUUUUAAUUUUAGAGUAUGUUCUAUAAUGCACUACUAUAUUUGUAGGAGAUAAUGCUCAACUGAAGUAAAUCUCCAUUUUUUUAGAACAAAAAUGCUCCUUGCGCACAAAAUAAUUGGACAGUAAUGUUUACAGGCCUUUGACAAUUUUUCAAGGCAAGCUAACUUUAAUUCUCACAAUUAUUGUUGAAAUCGUGAAAAUUCAUUGUGUCCUUCAAGUUGGUUUGUUUUGGACUAAACAAUGUUAAUUGGUCUGUGUAGAUAAGUACAUAACUUGGUGAAAGGGUACAAUCCCUCCCAAUGAAGGGGUAUGUUUUUGAUCACCUAAGUAACUGUAGCUAUCAUAUGCUUCAACUGUAACGUAAAUAUAAAUGCAGGAAUACUUGUGCACAUGUUGAAAGCUGUACAGAUAUUUAAUAAAAAUAUUGUAUCU